UCGAAUUUUGUCUGCAGGCAAAGAUGGCGGUGCGGAAGAAAGACGGCGGCCCGAAUGUAAAAUAUUUCGAAGCGUCUGAUACCGUUUCACAGUUCGACAAUGUCCGCGUGUGGUUGGGCAAGAACUAUAAAAAGUACAUCCAGGCAGAGCCCCCCACCAACAAGUCCCUCUCCAGCCUGGUGGUCCAGCUGCUGCAGUUUCAGGAGGAGGUGUUUGGGAAGCACGUCAGCAACCCACCUCUUACCAAGCUGCCGAUGAAGAGCUUUCUGGACUUCAAGUCUGGCGGGGCCCUUUGCCACAUCCUGGCUGCAGCCUACAAGUUCAAGAGCGACCAGGGCUGGCGCAGGUUUGACUUCCAGAAUCCCUCUCGGAUGGACCGUAACGUAGAGAUGUUUAUGACCAUCGAGAAGUCCCUGGUCCAGAACAACUGUCUGAGUCGACCGGUCAUCUAUCUGAGCUCAGACAUUGAGCCCAAGCUGUUGGGAAAGCUGAAGGAUAUCAUCAAGCGGCACCAGGGCUCAGUGACUGAGGACAAGGCUUCCAGUUCUCAUGUGGUGGUGCCUAUCCCUACCAGCCUGGAAGAGGAGGAGUGGGUUCGCCCUGUAAUGAAGAGAGACAAGCAGAUGCUUCUACAUUGGGGCUACUCUCCUGACAGCUAUGACACGUGGAUCUCAGCCAGUGAGGUAGAGGCGGCUGUAGAGGACCCACCUACCCCAGAGAAGCCCAGGAAGGUGCAUGCUAAGUGGAUCCUAGACCUUGACCAGUACAACGAGUGGAUGAAUGAGGAGGACUACGAGGUGGGGGAGGGAGGGCCCAAGAGGAAGAGGAUCUCAGCCAAGACCCUGACGGAUGAGGUAACCACCCCGGACGAGAGGCGAGACAAGAAGUCUGGCAGCGCCAAGAAGAGGAAGCGCUCGCCCUCCCCCUCGCCCACCCCCCCGCCCCAGGAGAGCAAGAAGAAGAACACCAAGAAAGGGCCAGCAGCCCCGUACACCAAGUCUAAACGUGGCCAGAGGGAGGAGGAGCAGGAGGACCUGACCAAGGACCUGGAUGAACCCUCACCUGUACCAGCUGUGGAGGAAGUCAACCUACCCAAGACGGCCAACACUAAGAAAGACUCUGAAUCAACUCCAGUGAAGGGAGGCACCAUGACAGACCUGGACGAACAGGAGGAUGAGUCUAUGGAAACAGCAGGAAAGGAGGAGGAGGAGGGCUCCCCCAGUGUGAAGGGGGAGCCAGUGAAAGGAUCUGACCUCCAUGAGGACAACGUGACAGAGCAGACUCAUCACAUUAUCAUCCCCAGUUACGCCGCCUGGUUUGACUACAACAGUGUUCAUGCUAUUGAGCGCAGAGCCCUUCCAGAGUUCUUUAAUGGCAAGAACAAGUCCAAAACCCCUGAGAUUUACUUGGCCUACAGGAACUUCAUGAUUGACACCUACAGGCUGAACCCUCAGGAGUACCUCACCUCCACUGCAUGUCGCAGGAACCUGGCAGGAGACGUGUGUGCCAUCAUGAGGGUCCAUGCCUUCCUGGAGCAGUGGGGGCUGAUAAACUACCAGGUGGACUCAGAGAGCCGCCCCACCCCCAUGGGCCCCCCACCAACCUCCCACUUCCACGUCCUGGCAGACACCCCCUCCAGCCUAGUGCCCCUGCAGCCCAAGGCCUCCCAGGUACACACACACACACACACACACACACACACAGACAAACACACAACACAUACUGGUGAAGCACAUGCUGACCCAGGCCUGCCUCCCCAUCCCCAGACCCCGGCUGCCCAGCAGAUUCUGUCCUUCCCAGACAAAGUGAAGGAUAAGCCAGCUGACCUGCAGAACUUUGGCCUCAGGACAGACAUGUACAACAAGAAAACUGGUCCUGCGAAGAGCAAGAGUGCAGCCAGCUCCAUGAGAGAGUGGACUGAGCAGGAGACUCUGCUACUGCUGGAAGGACUGGAAAUGUACAAGGAUGACUGGAACAAGGUGUCGGAGCACGUGGGCUCACGUACACAGGAUGAGUGUAUCCUCCACUUCCUGCGGCUGCCCAUCGAGGACCCCUACCUGGAGGACAGCUCCUCGUCUCUAGGCCCUCUGGCCUACCAGCCUGUGCCCUUCAGCCAGGCAGGCAACCCCGUCAUGAGCACGGUGGCCUUCCUGGCAUCAGUGGUCGAUCCACGUGUGGCCUCAGCUGCUGCCAAGUCAGCUUUGGAGGAGUUCUCUCGUAUGAAGGAGGAGGUUCCUGCAGCGCUGGUGGAGGCCCAUGUGCGCAGGGUGGAGGAGGCGGCGAGGGCCAGCGGCAGACAGGACCCCCUCUACGGCCUGGAGGGCAGCGGUAUCGCUGGGACCAGCCUGGAGGAGGGAGACAAACCCGAAGAAAGCAGCGAGGAGAUCAAGAGUGACGGCCAGUCAAGCGAGGAGAAAAGGGAAGCCAAGGACGGCAAGGAUGGAGCACAGGAAGAGGAGGAGAAGCAGGGAGAGAACGGAAAGAAGGAGGAGGAAAAAGGCAGAGAGACAGAAGGAGAGCGAGACAGUGAGAAAACAGACCCAGAGAUGGGCGAUGGAGAGAAGGAGAAGGAAGGGAAGGAGGGCUCAGAGGAUGGCCAGAGGGAAGCAGAGAGCGAGGGAGAAAGGAAGGCGAAGGUUGAGCGCGACGUGGGAGAGGGGAACCUGUCUACGGCUGCUGCCUCAGCGCUGGCUGCUGCUGCUGUCAAAGCUAAGCACCUGGCAGCGGUAGAGGAGAGGAAGAUCAAGUCCCUGGUGGCUCUGCUGGUGGAGACCCAGAUGAAGAAGCUGGAGAUCAAGCUGAGGCACUUUGAGGAGCUGGAGACCAUCAUGGACCGUGAGAGGGAGGCUUUGGAGUACCAGAGGCAGCAGCUGCUGGCUGACCGUCAGUCCUUUCACAUGGAGCAGCUGAAGUAUGCCGAGAUGCGGGCACGCCAGCAGCAUUUCCAGCAGAUCCAGCACCAGCAGCACAACCAGACCGGGGGUCCCCACCCUGCCCAGGCCUCCGCUGCCCCCGCACCACAGAGCCUGACGCCCAACCAGCCGGCCUCCGGCACCUCUGCACCCCAGAAGGCUCCGAGCCCUGCACCCCCUUCCUCCAUGGGCGGACCCUCCUCCACUCAGCCCGUCGAGCCCCAGCCGCCCCCUGGACCUCACAUCUCUCCCCCUGGUCACUCAGCCCAAACCCCUGCAGCACACCCCAGUACCAACCCCACUCCGGCACUCCAUGAGCCUAGCACCCCUCUAACUGGUGAGACACUCCACUCCUCAACCCCUGUUCCCCCGAUGCAGUGAAGAGAAAAAAUGGUGAGAAAGAGGGAUGGAGGGAAAGGGUCCUGGCAAACUGAAUGACAUUGACCGCUUUGUACCUAUAAAUCCUGUCUGUAUUAUCUAAAAUGAAGGAGUCAAAACCGAAGGGAACACAACAAACAUUGUUAAAUGUUAAAUAUUUCAACUGGACAAUUGACACAAGAAAGAAAAAACAUUUCAUAUUUUUUUGUUGGAAAAUGAUCCCUUCAAAUUUACUUGACAAGAAAUUGCCAGUGAAGAACUUUAUCAAUUUUCUUAACAAACGGUCCCCUGGUGUGAAACAUCUUGACCAGUUAGUUUUUCAACCCAGCAUCAUGUAAAUACCCCUCACAAGGCUAUGAGGAAAGUGUAAGCAACUCAUCUUGUGAAGUCCUUUGACCAUAGUGCAUUCAUUUCCUGUUUACAACUGUUUUGAAGUUACAUGUUCACUAAUGCCCCUGUGGUCUCCAGGGCUUCCCAAGUACUGUAGAUGCAUAGAAAAAAACGAUUUUGCACUUUGAAGUUCUGUUUCCCUGUCAUGUCUGAUGGCAUGAUGCAUUUAUUCAUUAGACCUGAAGCACUUACCAUUCAUUUUUAUCUUCAUUGGUACACAUUUUCAUACUAUUCCUUCAAAACAUGAAACUGUCAAUUGCUAAAUGAUAAUAUUUCCAGAUGCAUUAGAUCAUUGGUCUUUUUGAACAGUAUGCAUGUAAGAGUUUGGUCCAUGAUCAGAUAUGUCCAAAUCUUUGUCACAGAUAUCAAGAACAUUUAACAUAUGACAAUAUAACAUUGUCAGCUUGGAACUCCUAGCUUCCCUGUACUCUUUGUCGUUUUAGCUUGUAAGACUAUGUACUGUAAACUGGAUCUUCUGCUACAAUGCUCUAAUGAUAUUUCACUUGAGAUAGAACAGCUAACAUUUAACAGUUUCUCCGAAGAUCUAAUGAGAGCUUAGUAAACCACUUGAAAGUAUUGAUUUCUGGUAUUCUCUGUGUCCUAAAAAACAAUUUUUUAAAUAUAAAUCCUUGAAGGAGCUCCUUUUUCACAUCUGAAGCACUUUCUGAAGCAGUUUCUUAUCAUUGGCCUAGAUUUCACAAUGGGAGAAAAUUGAAUCUGUAUGCAUAUGUUUACAGUCAGUCAUAAUGUAAGCUAGUGUUUGAGUCAUACUCUUGUGAAGAUUGUGCUCUCACUCGAAAGAUGACUGAAAUAUGAUGUCUGGAGGAAUCCAAUUGGCACUUCAUUGAUUUUAGAUUUUUUUGUCAUAACUUUGUUAAACAUUUUUUAGACUAAAUUCUUUUUUAUAAUCAUGAUGAAAUCAAUUUCUCUCCUGGGAAAUCAUUAGAUUUUUAUAGUUUGUGUAUCUCCUUAAACAGAUCCAGCUCACACAAAGAUGUGGCUUUGUGAAGGAAUUGAUUUAAAAUAUUAAAAUAUAAAUAAUAUUUUAAAAAGUUAACCAGAAGGGACCUCACACAAUUUACAGAGGUGUAUUCUGUCUUAAGUAUCUGUAACAAUAUACUCAUUAUGUAUUCUGUUUUUAUAUUAUUUUGACUGUCAACUUUUCCAUCUUGUUUAUUCGAAACUGUCCUAAGCAUUAACGCUGUAUAUUAUUAUUACCUUUGUAACCUCUAUUCCCUCCUAUCAUCAUCAUCAUCAUGUGUGUGGACUUGAUAGGUCACUAUAAACUGUCAGUCAGUGUGAGUUGUGACUGAGCUUGUGUGUGUGUGUGUGUGUGUGUGCGUGUGUGUGUGUGUGUGUGUAUGUAUGUAAAUGCAUGCAAUGAAGAAAUGUGAUGUGACCUUGGCAUCUUUUAGUUUAAUCUUACCUGUGCCAUAUGUUUUAGGAUUUUUAACAAAGAUUGAUGGCGUCUUGUAAUAGCUAUUUUUCUCAUACACUAUCACACAAACACAAACACACAUGUACACCACACCCCACAAACAUACAACAGUGUCAUGAACUAUAAUCAGAUCAUUAAACUUGUGUCCAGAUAGCCAGUAUUAGAACCCUCACUACAGUUACAGAAACCAUGAAUGAACUGCUUUGGUCUCCGUGCUAUUACAGUGUGUGGAUUUUGUGAUAUGAAACAAGUGUGUCUGUUGAGUUUCUGUUCUUGUUUGUUUCUCAUUAUUGCUGGAGAUGCAAAGAUUGCAUUGAUUAUUCAGUAGAAAUAAACAUUUCCUCAGUAAAAAGAA